AUGGAAGCUCUAAUUUACAAUGAAUCCCCUAUUGCCGAAUAUCUAGAGGCAGAUGCCGUUCCCUUCGAUUUCGCAGUUCCUCCUUCUCCGACGCCUUCUACCCAGACCUUUGCACCACGAGGUCUGCCAAAGUUACGCCAGAGACUACAGACCAUUCGCGAGACUGCUGCCUCCGUUACCGAUGUCGCAAAUGAACGAUUCUUGGAGCGUUUCCGCUACACGAUAGUCGCGUCACAGCUUUUGUAUGACGAUCCCAAGCCGAGAAGGUAUUCGCAAGAUGAAGAGACGAGUGACACUCAUCCAUAUUCAAUAAAAGGGGCUGUCAUAACUGCUGGGAUCUCUUUUUCCAUCGCCCUUGUUUUGCACUUGCUGCCGCGGCGUUACAAGAUCCCGCAGUCUCUUGGGUGGACGGACAUUUUGGCCUACACAUUACUUUUACUGGGAGGCUCUGCACUCUUAGCUUACUUCGUCCGUCGCCAGUGCCUCGACUUUAUCCGUCGGUCUGCUGGCGCAGCUCUGGGAAAGGCGCUGUCGCAUUGGCAUAGUUUUGACACCGCUGCUAGCGAAGCACUUCGCUUUGUGCAGGAGGUUGAGGUCGUCUCACGAGGCUAUGAAAUUUGUCAGCCUUUGCCUCCUAUAAGCAGGCUCGAAGACAGAGUACCAGCGAGCGUUUGCCGAGAACUACGAGCCUCGCUUCGUAACGCUCUGACUGCUGCCAUCAGCCGUAGCGUUGAAGGCCACAAUGCAAUGCAGUCAUUUGUCAGAGGCUCUGAUUUGCAAGGGUACCAUGACAUAUACGAUAUUUCAAUGCAAGACUACAUCGAUUCUGUCACCCUCGCCAACACAACUGAUAGCGAUGCUUGCCCAUUGCUGCGGGAGCUUCGUCUCCUCUUUCGGCUGCACUUGAUGGCCAGGAAGGUCUUUCUCUGCGAUCUAUUGGCACUCCAUUCCGGUUCGGCAUGGUACAAUAUAACCCAGUGGCGAACUAUCCUGCAUCUCUUGCAAGAUGUCAGCGUGUCCAUUUCUCGAGCAUGUCAAGAUCUUCGUACCGCGGUCGUCAGGGAAGAAUUUGGCGAGCGACCCCACGUUACAACUUCUGAGGAGGCCGAUCAUUGUGUUGAGCAUGGCACUGAAGCAACAACGCCCCAGAAGCAACAUGUCAAAGCACAAAUGCGUCGCUUUGAAGCCGUGGCCAACUCCAUCCGCGGCCUGAAUGCCAAGGUCCGUCUUGUGAGAGAAGAUAUCGACCAGUCAUCAUCCAACCACGAUGUCGUCGAAUUUAGCUCAAACAUUUCUCGCCACUACGAAAGUCUAGGCGCCGAAAUACGGCACCUACUCAUGGAGUGGGAAAAGGGGCGCAACACCAUGUUCCUGAGUAUGGGUGGCGACCAAGACAACAAGCGCUUCUCUGGCAUGUCGAACGACACUCGGUUGCCUGCUUCGCCUUCCCCGAGUAGCCUUGGAGGCAUGACGGUCGUGGAUGGAAGUCCUGCGGAAGCCUUCAGGUUGCUGAGUGGCGAAGAGCGAAGAGCUUCUGACAUAGCAGUAUUGGACGAGGAGAUUUUUGAAGCGGUGGCUACGCCGCGCAAACGAGAAUCCUGGGCGCACAUGAGUCGCGAAGAAAAGCUCAGCAAAAUGCGGGAGGACAGAAAGAAGCGGGCAACCUUGCUGGAGCAUGCAGAGGACACGACCAAUAUGUUGCGGGAGCUGCAGAUGGUCAUCAAACAUCGUCCCCAUGCGGCGCGAUCCGACAUGCGGGUUACUUCAAUCUGA